AUGGCCAUCGAGAGGAUGGUGUCAUUUUGCCGUUCCGAGAGGUUGGGCGUCUGUCCAAAGGAGGGAGUUGCCGUAAGACUGGAGGCCUUGGGAGAGUCAUGGGCCCAGCUAAAGGCAAUGGAGAGGAGGCUGGUAGCAGCGGACGAUCCGCUUAAAACAGCCGAAGUCGAGAGGAAGGUGGCGGAGGCCGAGGAGUCGUACUUCAACGCCUCAGCCAUCCUUAAGGAGAGGGUCAAGGAAUUGACGCCGAGAGAGGACGUGGACGCGCCGCAGAUCGCCGUACAGGUGUCGAUGCCAUUUUCGCAGCACGAUGUGAAAAACACCUGGGGCGAAUUUGAUGGCGUCAUCACAAAGUGGCAGGGAUUCCGAGACAGAUUCCUGGCGGCCGUCCACGAGAACAAGAACAUCUCGCCUGCGUAUAAGUUCGCGUACUUAAAGGGCUCUUUAACGGGAAAGGCAGCUCGGACGCUGGGAGAGUGGCAGCUCACAGAGAGCAACUACGCUGAGGCAUGGCAGCGCCUCAACGACGUAUAUAGUCCACAAUACGCCACCUGUACGCGAGCUGCUGAGCUGGAAAGAAUGUCAAAUGUAACCCAUGAGACAAUGAGGCAGCUGAAGGCCCAGGGUAUCCCCACGGAAAGCUGGGAUAUGAUUGUGGUCCACAUGCUCCAUGAAAGGAUGGAUGGAGAAACGGCCUGCAAGUGGGAGGAGAGCAGGACUUCAGAGCAGCCAACUGUGCGAGAGAUAUGCGCCUUCCUGGAGAGGAGGGCAACAGCCUUGGAAAGUGCCCAGAGUGUUAGACGAAGGGAAGCGCCGAUGCCGUCAACAUCGGCUCAGGCCCUAGCAAGGGCAUGGAAAGAGGAGAAGGCCAAUAAAGGAGGGAAAAAGAAGCCAUGCCAAGCUUGCGCUUCCAUGGACCAUCCAAUUUGGACCUGUCCAGAUUUUUUAGCGUUGAGCCUGGCAGGACGAUACAGAUUCGUCCAAUCGAGAGGGAUCUGUGCCAACUGUCUGAAGACAGGCCACAUGCCAAAGGACUGUUUCCAGGGACCGUGCACUAGGUGCCUUGGAAGGCAGAUGCAUAAUAGCGAACUUUGUCCCAUCAAAGGCGGAAAGAAGAGCGAGGCAGCGCUUCCAAUUCAGCUGCAGUCAAGGAAACGGCAAACUGCCGCUCAGAGAGAGAAAAAGGAGAGAGGGGAUUGA